AUGCCUUCUUAUCCAAUUCCACAGACUUCAGAGCAACCUUCUUUUACCCAAUCACAAAAUUUAAUGAACAUGAAUCAAUCUCAGUAUAUGUGGACAAUGCCGCCCCAAUAUGGCAUUCCGAAUGCAUUUGGGAUGCCUUAUCAACAAGAAAAUUUCAUGCCGACUGGAUUUUCCAGUAGUUCCACUGAAGUCCCAAGACCUUGCACGGCCCCGGAGGUUGAAGGACUUGACAACAUUUGCCUUGAUACGGACUCAGAAAAAAGAAAAGAAGUUGAGCCUAAAAGAUGCGGUAAAGCGACAGCAAUGCCGUGGACACAUGAGGAGGAUGUUUUACUAUGUCGAGCUUUCUGUACCAUCUCAAGUGAUCCGGUCAUUGGCGCUCAACAAACGUCCGACGGUUUUUGGAGGCGAAUUACACAGUAUUAUAAUGAGGCCGGUCAUGCACGAAACCUCAUUCAAAGAACUAUGGAGUCAGCAAAAUCGCAUUUUUAUGUUUUCCAUAGAGAUUGUAUCAAAUUUAAUGCAUCGAUAAACAGGUUUCGGGCUGAUCAAAGAAGUGGUGAAAAUGAUGCAAUUGUUUUGCAGAAUGCAUUAAUGGAGUGGAAUAGCGAAGGAAAAAAGAAAGGAGGGUUUAAAUGGCUUCAUUGUUGGGAAGUUUUGAAAGAUAAUGCCAAAUUCGAUGGAGCAUCUCACACAUCUCGAAGUGGAAAGAAAGCUAGAAUAAUUGAUACUGGAGAUCACACUUCUGGCUCUGGGCAAGAUGUUGAGCCUAGUGGUGAUGUUGAAGACAGGUAUGUGCGUCGACCAAUUGGCCAAAAAGCAGCAAAGGCAGGGAAGAGAAAGGGAAAAACAACUGCAGGAGGGAGCACCGGUCCAGAUGUUGGACGUCUGUUGGCUGAGAUUGGUGAGGUUAAAGAAAUUCAUUUAAAGAAACAAAAGGAUUUGGAAAAGUUGGUUCGUAUAGAGUCAUGGAAGACGUACAGAGAAAUGCUAAAGGAGGAUACUUCAACCAUGACAGAAGAAGAAUUGCAAGCCCACCAGGGACUUCUUGCUGUGCUUAAAGAAGAACUGGGUCUCAAAUGA